UCCACUUUUAUUUUUAUAGUUUUCUUGCUGACAAGGAAAAAAAAUAAAAUUAUCAUCAACGCGUUCCCGUUUCGUGACUAUCCUCCAGUUGGUCUGCAUAAAUAAAGAACAAUGUCAUCCGCUCUCUAAUUUAUUAACUCUUCAAACUCUUUUUUUUUUUAACGCUUUGCAUAUCGCGGCCAACAAACAUUGUAUUUAUCUCGAGUCAACUCAAAAUUUUGCCAGAUCGGUCGCAGAGCUGUAAAAAACAGAGACGACUUUUUUCUUCUUCUUUCCCAAAAAACAGGGCGUUAUAAAACGUAUAUAAAAGUGCGAAUUACCUUUAUUCGGAGAGAGUAUCGAGCGAGAAGCGAAUUACAUUAUCGUUUCAAUCAUGUGCAAGUACAGUUUAUCAAUAUUCUUAAAAGUACUCAUCCUCGUAGCGUCGAUUAGUCGUCGCGUCGACGGUCAAGUCUCUAUCAGAAAAGUGACAGCCGCCGUCGAGCUCGCCGAGGGCCCGCACUGGGAUUACAAAAGCCAAUCCCUGUACUACGUCAAUAUACUGGGCAAACAGAUUCUCCGGCUCGAUCCGCUGACGGGACGAGUGAAUCGGGUCACCUUCCCGGGCGACCAACUCAUCAGCUUCGUGAUUCCCGUCCAAGGCAGGAGAAGCCAACUGAUCGUCGGUCGUGGUCUGGACGUCGUCCUGCUGGAUUGGGACGGCCGGGAGGACGUCACGGAGCCCAGCUACGAGGUCGUGGCUUCACUAGUGGAUCGCGACGCCGAUCCCGCGCGUCAGAGAAUCAACGACGCCAAGUGCGAUCCUCGGGGUCGACUGCUGCUCGGCACGAUGGCCCUGAAAUCGGCCGAGGGCAGCGUCGAGCCGAAUCGCGGGGCCCUCUAUAAAAUCGGCGGCCGCAGACUGCAGGUGGAACGAUUGUUGUCGCCGGUGACGAUAAGCAACGGCCUGGCCUGGAACGCCCGCGGCAACGUCCUCUACUACAUCGACUCGGCGAGCUAUCAGGUCUGGGCGCUGGACUAUCGACUGGCCACCGGUCGGCUCCAGGCGGCCGACAAAAAACGGGUAAUCAUCGACCUCAAGGUAGCCGGGAUCGAGGGUAUGCCCGACGGCAUGACCAUCGACGACGAGGGCAAUCUCUGGAUCGCCGUGUUCGGCGGUGGCUGCGUGCUAAACGUGGAUCCGCGUGCCAAGAAGCUGCUGCGAAAGAUCGACCUGCCCGUGCCCCAGGUGACGAGCGUAGCCUUCGGCGGGCCCCACCUCGACGUCCUCUACGUGACGACGGCUCGCGAGGAUCUGACCGAGGCACAGCUGCUGGAGAAGCCCGAUUCCGGGAGCGUCUACGCGAUCACGGGACUCGGUGUGCGCGGACGUGUCGCCAGUGAUUUUUCUUUAAAUUAGAUUCAGUGAGCAACGAACGAAUGCGAUUGGCUUUAGUUCACAUUCUUGAAACAAGUAGGCCCUUUCCGAAUCGAUACAGUAUAAGUACGAGUAAAUCGUAAAAGUCGAGCAGUCUUACCGCGCGGACGGACGCGAUGUUUUUUGGCACUUAUCCAGAGCCAUUAUUCGCUACAUAAUUUAAAACGAGCUCGAGCAAAUUUUUUCUUACAAGAGGUUUACGUUACACACACUUACGAAAAAAAAAAAAAAACGAUCGCGCUCGUAAAAAAAAAAAAGUAGCGGAGGAGUAGUAACAUCUUGCCAACUACACGCGGGGGGGUUGAUUCGCCGCAUCGCAUGUUACACACACACACACACACACACACAGUUUUCGAGUGCCUAUAUUCGCCGCGUGUAUGAAUUAGUUGAAGAAAUAAAAUUCUCCCCGCUUGUUCGAGUUCGUACCACUUGCGCAUGUAAUAUGUAAGAAGAUAAAUUGGAAGGACACGAGCAAAAAAAAAACACGUGUUCGUCCGCAUCGAUAUCUGUGUCAUUUCGGAGUUUUAAAAAUAAUAAUAAUAAAGGAGUUGAUAUGAAAGACAGUAAAACGCACUUGCUCUUUAAAGUAUAAAAUUUAUUGCGUGCUUAAAUAUAUUAUAUUUGUAAUAAUAUAUUUAUAAGAAUUUACAAAGUAUGUAUACUGUUUAUUUUUAUUUAAAUACUGUAAAUACUUUGUGCUCGGUUCUCUUCUACGUUCGCAGAUGAUAUGGAAAAAUGCAUAAAAUUUCAGCUAAUAUUGUAUAUAUAAUUAAUUAAUUAAUCUUGCAUUACGUUCUCUUCUACAGUUCGUAAUUAUUUUUUUUUUUUUUAAUAAUUCAUUAUAUAAUAUGAUAUAUAAUAAUAUGCCUUGACUAUAAAAAUGUAAAAAGUUUUAUCUAAAAAACGAAUUCUCUUCUAUCUACAAUAGCUAUCAUCUAGUUAUUUAAUUAUUCAUGUAUCAUUAAAUAUUCUAAAAUUAUUACAAAGCCUGUAAAGAUGUAAAAAUA